UAGUGUGGUCACUUCUCACCUCUUCAGUUACUGUGCCGUGUCUCUGGUCUGUGUAACUUCGGCAAGGCAAUGAGUGGAGGAAAACAUCUGCUGCUUCUGGCAGUCUUCCUGCACUUGGCACAAUGUCAGGGCCAGCUACAAGUGUCUGUAACACCUCCACUCAAGUAUAUCUUUGUUGGGGAUUUAUUGUAUUUGCACUGUAGUGUAUCAAGUGGGACCCCAGUGAAAUGGUACAAGAAGGAUGUAGAAGAGAAGCAGACAAACAAUACCUGGAAGAUUGCAGUUGCAACCCCUGCGCACUCAGGCUCUUAUCAUUGUGAGAGCAAUGGGCAAAAGAGCAACAACUUCCUCAUCAAUGUCCUGAACUACGAGCCCAGGGGUUCCCUCACCGUCAAGACAGGCCAUCCAGUGAUGCAGACUGGAAAUUCAGUUGUCCUCCAGCUGGACCAUGACGAUGGUCUGCAAGGAUGGUUAUGCUGGGUUAGCAGGGGUCAGACGGUGAAGAAGAUUAAGCUGAAGCUAAAGGACGGCGAUAAGAGCAUAGCCUUUCAACCCAACAGACUUGAAGUGCCUGAGACCAUUUUCUGGUGUACUGAUAAAGAACAAAAUGACAGGACUAACCAACAAGUAAUUAGGACUACAGGGAAGGCGAUAUCGCUGGAAAUGUAUCCCCACCCUGCUAUAACUGGGGAGAGUCUGACCAUGAAAUGCCUUGUCUGGGGCACAGAUAGAAUAAAGCAGGUUACUUUCUAUGAUGAAAGGGGAGUCAUUGGGAACAAAACCAGUUCUCCCCUUGACCUAAUCGAACCUGCGACACUAUCAACAGAGGGGAAAUAUAAGUGUGAUGCCACCUUCACAUAUGUGGCGAACACUGGCGGGCCCGAAAACCAUGUAGUCUCCGACAUGCAAGAUGUGUUUGUACAUGAACCUCCUAUCAGGGCGGUUUUGGAAGGCGACUCAUGUUCUUGCCCGGAUUGUACCGAUGACCUGACCAUGUCCUAUCGUUUUUACAAGAAGAACGGUCAGACAUGGGCACGUAUGGAAUCCUUGAAAGAGGGCGGUUCUUAUGCAUGUAGAGCUGUAAUGAAGUACAUGAGGACUGCACACAGUGAACCCAGUUUUAAGAAUGAAGACUCCUCCAUGUCUGGGAUUGUGAUUGUGAUUUUGAUUGUGAUUGGGAUGGCCAUGGCCCUGAUCGGAGUUGUGUUGUGGUUUCAUAACAAACGUAGGCUGAGACGUAUUGAUGGAGCAAUUUACGAGGAUGUGCAGAUGAAGCAACGAGGCGAAGGUGAUGCCCAAUAUGAAGAGCUAAAGCUGGCUGGUGCUAAGGAGGGCGAGUAUGACACCCUUAACGCAGAAACACAGGGCGGAAAGAAGAAAGAGGGCGAAUAUGAUGUACUGAAUAAGGAGCAAAUGAAAGAGGGUGUAUACAACACUUUGGGGGCAGAGGGGCCAUCAGGAGGAGGAGAAGGGGGGUACGAAGCAUUGAAGAAAGAUGGAAAGCAAGAGGGCGUAUACAACACUUUGGGGGCAGAGGGGGCAGCAGGAGGAGGAGAAGGAGGGUAUGAAGCAUUGAAGAAAGCUGGAAAGCAAGAGGGUGUAUACCACACUCUGGGGAAGGAGGGGGCAGCAGGAGGAGGGGAGUAUGAAGCAUUGAAGAAAGAGGGAGUGAAAGGGGAUGACUACCAGACUAUAGAAGUGGGGGGCGAUGCUGAAGGAGAGGGGUAAUAUGAACAACAGGACAAAGAUACAGAUAAUGAGAUAGUGAAGGAAAAGAAGAAGAUAGAGGCAGAGGAGAAAAACAACCUAAGCUAUGAAAGUACAGAUGAGUCUUAAAAGCUUAAAUAUUUAGGGGAAAAAAUCAUUUCCAGUAAACCAGCAAAAUCAAAUGAUGUCUUGGUCUCAAUCCCAGAGUUCAAACUAUAUAAUUAAACAAAAUUAUAACAUAUAUGUAAGUGCUGUGUUGGAAAUGUAUGUAACUAAGGUUGUGACAUUAAUCGUGUAAUUAAAAGGGAGUACGUUUUGACCUAACCAAAACUCAUGGUAGGAAAAAGCAAUCUACUUAUUAAUUACAUCCUGUCAAAUGUCAAUAAUGGCUAAUAUUGAUCACAGGUUACCAGAACAUUUUGUGGGACCAAAAGUUAAAAAAAAAUUGUAAAUGUAGCUAAUGUGGAAAGUAAGCAUGUACACUUACCCAGCAUCUUCAAACUGAACCACCUUUGUCACUGACUGAAUCCGUACCGCAGCUGUUAGCAGUGGAGUUCCCCUCAGUUAUCAGCUCAGCCAUGAUAUACAGUACAGCACUUCCAUGUUCAAACCUUAUUAAAAUACAGACAAAAGGUACAGAUACAUUCAUAAUGUGAUUACAAACUAAACGUAGCCUACUACUGAACUGAAGACAGUCAGAAUCUGCACAGAACAAACAACAGGUAUGAAUGGUGAUGCGUUCACUCAUUGAUGUCCAAAAUUGAGUGUAUUUGAAAAGUGGUGCGUUCACUUACUGUUGUACAUACUGUAAUGGAUUUAAAUGGUGUUGCUUAGCUUUGAUAAAUAUUAAUUAACUGCAGAAUAACGUUGAACAAUGAUUUAAAUGGUUUGAAUCAACUCAAAGUGAGUUGUAUUUGUAACUAAUUUUCUUCACAAAAUACAUACAUCACACAUAUAUUUUCUACAGCAUUACACAUUUAUAGUAUUCAUUCAACAUAUUCAAACUAAACAAUCAGAUUGAGUGUUUUUUAUGAUAAUUACUUAUUUUUUCUGUCUUUUUCAAAUGUGUAGCGUAGAUUGAGUGCUUGAUCAAACUACUAUUAUUACUAUUUUUUCCAGCAAAAAUAAAAUGUUUUUUGUUAAGUCAGCUUACUGAGUUGUAUAGUAUAUUUCAGCACAGAAGGUGAAUAGUCUCAUGAUUUAAUUUUUUGUCUUAAAACAUACUUGCCUUAUCAACAUUUUUGUUUUGUUUUCAUGUUUCAUGCUCCAUUAUGGUUUAUACAUGAAAUUAUGUGAUAUUGUAUUGUAUGUAUGUAUUGUAUUUUUGCACUUGCAUGUAGAAGCACUUUGUAUUUCAGUGUGUAUGCUAAUAAUGAGACAUGAAUCGCCCAUACAUUUUGAAUAAAUUUGUUUUCAGACACAUUCUUCUUUUUAUUUUCUAUUUAUACACAUCGGUAAUCACCUUUGACCAGGUGCAAUGAGAUUGAUCAAUACAAUUUUGAGAAUAUAUACCCUUUAUCUAUCAAGAAUAAAUCACAUUUUCACAAUCAUUUCAUGGAAAGAAGUAAAAAAUAUUUUAUUCCAACUUUAUGGGCGACCGUGUAUAUAGACAUACUGCUUAAUUUGUAGCACAAAUGUGCUAAUUUAAGAUAGAGGCUGAUGUCAUUCUUGAUUUAUCUGCUGAAAUAAAAUUAUUUUGUUUUAA